GUAUUUUGUGAUUCACGGCAAUUUACGGUAUUUUUGAAACAAAAUCAAAAUUUCUGUGUUUCUAUAGUGUAUUGAAAUAACUCGGUUUCAGUGCUAAGCAUGAAGCAAGAGGCGGGAUUCAAGUAUAUAAGUUCUUGCCGCCUCUGCCUUGCAAAUAACAGGCGAACGAUUGAUAUUCUUCACACACCGUUGCAACCACUUUACGAGAAAUUAAUAAGCAGUAGCAUACAUGAUGAAACUCCUAUGUGCUUUCUUUGUCACAAACGAUUGCAGCAAUGCCAUCAGUUUGUCAAGCUGAUCAAAGAUACCCAGGGCCUCAGAGAGAACUACAUUAAAAAUGGCUAUAUGAUGGACACCAAGCCCCCUAAGCCAGUAGUGCAGUUGGCUGUGCACUCAGUAAUGAACUUUGGUAUUCCAUUUGAGGCAAUAGAUAACAUAGAGACUAUUGUGAAGGAGGAAGCCCAAGUCAAGGAGGAGCCGCAGUCUGAAGAUGAGUUGGAAGGGAAUGAUGUAGAAGAUAGUGAAGAGGAACCAGAAGGUGAGGAAGAGGAGGAGGAAGAAGAGGAAAAUGGAGAAGAGGAAUCCUCGGAGGCAGAAGACGAUGUGCCAGUAAAGGCAAUGAAACGUAAACAGACAACAAAAACUGAAACACCAGCUAAAAAUAAGAAAGCUAAAAAUUAAAUGUUCACAACUCACCUGAUUCCUUCUGAGUUUUUCUUAAAGCCGAUACAGUUAUAUUAUUGUGAUUAAGUAUUGCUGUAAGAAAUAUUAGUAUGUAAAACUUAUAUUAGGUUUUACUUUGGAUUAGAUUUAUGUUAAGGCUUAGAUUAUUAAUUGAAUAAAAAAAUUGAAAAUGAAAAAAAAUCAAAAUUCAAACUGUUUAGUAGCAUUCUCCUCUGAGCUGUAACCGUAAGUAAUAAAUAUUUAAAAAAAUC